GGUGAAAGGUGCGCCGCCCGCCGCGGGCGGAGACUCGGCUUUGGAGCGCUCUCUUUCUCUCACACGGACACGGGGAGUGAGCGGCUCCGCCGGACGGCCCGAGGUGCCCCCUCCUCCCCAUCGUGCAGCCCCCCGGAUGAACGAUCGCCCCGACGGAGCCCAUGGCUGGGGAGGGGGUGCGAACGAGGGGAGCGGCAGCUGCCGACGAGCCGGACGGCACGGAGCCGGGCAUCGGCGAGCGGAGGGCGGCCAAGGGUAGCCGCUGCGUGGAGGUUACCCUGAGUGGGGGAGCGCCCUGGGGAUUCACGCUGCGGGGAGGCCAGGAGCACAGGGAACCUCUGCUCAUCACCAAGAUUGAAGAAGGAAGCAAAGCGGCUGCAGCAGGGAAGCUUCAGGUCGGAGAUGAGUUGGUCAGCAUCAACGACGUGGUCCUGACUGGCUUCAGGCAAGAGGCCAUUUGGCUUGUGAAGGGGUCGCAUCGAGUGCUAAAGAUGGUGGUGAGGAGGUGUGUCAGGGCCAGCUGCGUGACAGAUGCUCUGAUGUCUGUCGUAGAGCGGUUCUAUUGGCGGAAUGAGCCAGUUGUUCGGCCUCACUCUUGGCAUUCUACCAAGUUCACCGACGGCCCUCAGGAUCCGGCCACAAUGCAGCUAUCUUCUAGCGGAGUGUGUUCCUCCUGGCACUCGAGGUACCACACCACUUCUUCAUCAAACAGCCUCUCCGAUCCCUGGGACCAGCCCAACCUGCACCACAUCUCGCACCAGUUCAGCUCCCUGGGCAGUAUGGACAGCCUGGACCAGACCCCGGCCCUCUCCCUAUCCCUCUCCCUGGCCAAAUCCAACACCAGCGUGGAGCAAGCCACCCAGCCCAGCAGGAGGGACUCGGCUUACAGCUCCUUCUCCACCAACUGCAGCACGCCUGACUACUCGCUCUCGUCCUCCCGCAGUGACAACGGCUCCUCCACCGAGAAUGUGCUGAGCAGGCUCGGCGGCUGGGAGGGGGGGCGUCUGGGACAGGUCCCCCUCGAGGACGGCGGCCCGGAGGAGAGGAAGAGCCCCCGGGUGGAGGAGCAGACCAACUCCAGGGUGCUCCGCACCAGCCUUGGGCCAGUGUGGCACGUGCCGGAGAAGAGGGUCCUGGCCGACAGCCGCGGGCCCAGGGGAGCCUCCCCACCCCCUCCCCCCAUACGCAGUGACAGCUACGCGGCCACCAGGGUCCACGAGGGCGGUGGGCAGGUGCGGAGCAGGUCUCAUCUCCGUGGAGACAAAGAAGCGACGGAGGGCAGUGGCUGGAGGAACCAAGCCUGCCCCCCCUGCCCAGAGCACCCCCCUGCCCCGGCUUCUUUGGACAGUGUCUCCUCGCACCCCUCUCCCCCGCACCACCGGCAACAGCACAGCGAUGAGCUAGCCCCAGCGUGGGCCGUCAACUGGCGACAGGACCCAACCCAGGCCUGGGCUGGGGCCUCGCCAGUGCCGCCACCCUGCCUGGACUCAGUGGUCCCUGAGGGCCCUGGGCCUAGCAGGUACUUCUGCCUCUCCUCUGGGCCACCCCAGCAACUGGCGGUGGAGGGACAGGGCCGCCUCAGGCCGGAGCCUCGGGAUGGCCAGAAGGGACUUCUCUGCCUCCCAGAUCCAGCCUCCAGGCACCUCCCCGAAGAAGUGAGCCAGAAGCCUAACUGGGUGAGCCAGAGGAUGGGAGGGGCUGGGAUGGGCAGCUGGGCCUCAGACCCACAGGCUGGGGAGGACUGUAGGCCAGGCCCUGGGGUGGUGUGUCCCGAGCAGGCGCCUGCCUUCCCCUUGCCUGCCCAGGAUGGCCGCAAGCCGCAGGCUGAGCCGGGCCAGGUAGCUCGCCAGUUGCGACGCAGCGACCGCUUUGCCACGGCCCUGCGCAAUGAGAUCCAGAUGAAGCGGGCCUUGCUGCAGAAGAGCAGGAGCGUUGCGGCCAUGGCCGCGAGCCCGGAGGCAGGGGAAGGGACAGAGUGCGGCUGGGGAGGAGAACCUUCGGCUGGAGCCGUACCCUGGCCCGAUGGUACCUCGUACGCUGAUGGCCUGAAGGAGGCCCAGGCACGAGUCCUGAGGGCCACCUCCUUCCAGAGGAGGGACCUGGGUCCCUUGGCCACCCCCCUCCGUCCCGCCAGGCCACCUCCCUGUCCUGCCCCUCCCCCCAGGAACGGGCCCCUGCCCCCACCUCCGGUUAACCCCUUAGUAACUGGGCGGGCGGCCAGCAGCCAACUUGGCCGGGUGGGGGGACGGAAGCGGCUGACCCAGGAGCAGAGGCUGAGGUCCUACUCUGAGCCUGGUAAGAUGAACGAGGUGGGGACCCCUGAGGGGGAGGAGCCUCUCCUUCCACUGGGCACCGCUCCCCUAGCCUCCUUCGCUGACAGGCGGCAGUUCUUCGAGGGCAGCAUUAAGGCAGCCCAGCGCUUGGCUGCCUGUACCAGGCCUGCCCCAGCCUCUGGCGAGGUGGCCCAUUGGAAAAGCCAGGCCAUUGGCCCCAAGGCAGGGGUGCAGGGCCUGGAGAGCGAAGUGCGUGGCCGCGCUGCCUCCCUGGGCAUGGAUGGUUUGUGGGGAGGGGCCCAUCCCAGCGGGUUCCCGGAGAGGACGAGACAGGGCGGGUCCCCGGGCGCCAGGGAGCGAGAGGCUGAUCCGCAGCGGCUGGGAACAUUUGCGGAAUACCAGGCCAAGUGGAGGGAGCAGAGGAAGGUGUCAGAGGCCAGGAGCUCGAGCAGGUACCAUUCUGUGGACAACAUCCUGGACCAGGGCUGCGAGCAGCCUGCGAAACUGCAGUACGUGCAUGAGAGGUCACGCUCGUCACCCUCCACCGAUUUCUACCUGCAGGAUAUUCCCAUUGAGGCGAGGAGGCGUCCAGAAGGUCUCCAGAAGGAGGUGGCUCAUCCAACUCCAGAAGCUGGUGCAAGUGCUUGCAGACGCAGACACCUGGAUUCUGGGAGCUUGGAGAGUAGAGCCGAGGGGCAGCAGUUCCACACAAAGACAAAGUUGGGACAGACCUGGCCGGAGAGGCCUGCGCAGACCCGUGAGCAUCUGCCUCAGGGGAGGCAUGGUCACCCAGCCAACAUGCUGAGCGGGAACCAUUAUCCCGAGGAGCCUGAGGUCCAGGAGGGGUGGAGAGCCGAAGAGGACACCCCAGAUCCCUGCCCCCAAGGCCAGGAACUGAGCCAAACCUGGGCCGUGGCUGAAGAGCAGGAGAACCUGGCAGCAGCCAGUACGAAGCGGGCAGUGGACGGACACUCGCAGCAGCAGCCCCAUUCCCCAGCUGGAACAGCUGUGCCCCCGACCAGAACGGCUCCAUUGGACCAGGCUUGCGAGGGCACAACCUGGGCACCGACUGAUCUGCUGCCGGGCUCUGAGGGCAGUGCGGGGAGUGACCUGCACGAGGCUCGGCUGGCCAGAGGCCCCGUGGAGGGUGCAGCCUGCUUGGGGAACACAAGAGGCGACAAGGGGAGUGAAGGAAGCCCAGGGUUUCACUGCCUCCCGACGCCAACAGUGGACGCUCCUCGGUCUCCUUCCCCACAGUUUGCCCCACAGCGACUAACCGAUAAGCCACCGCUCGCCCUGGAGGAUGACAGCCAGACCAAGAUCAAAAAGGUGAUGGAGAACAACACAACCGUCAAGAAGGUGCCCAUAAAGAUUGUGCGGUCGGAAAGCCAGACGGAGAAGGAGAACCGGCACAACCUCCUGAAUAACGUAGACCUUAUCGACUUCCCUAGCAACGAGCAGCCCAAGUCCAUCGGAAACCACGAACAUCCUUACUCCGUCUUUGCUGCCUAUUCCCGGCAGGAGCAGGAGUGGCUGGCCGAGGUGAAUCAGAAGAUAGGGGACUCGAGGGUCAGUGAGGGAGCCUCUCCUGCUCAUGACUGCCCCAAAGCAAAGGAGAAGAGCGAGGAGGACAUCAAGUCGGAGGAGCUGGUGAGGGAGAUCAUCGUCAAAGACCGAUCCCUGGCCGACAUUUUGCACCUUAACUCUAAAAUGAAGACCACCAUGGAUCUGAUGGAAGGGAUAUUUCCCAAAGAUGAGAACUUGUUGGAAGAAGCCCAGCAACGCAGGAAACUGCUUCCUCGAUUGCACUCGCCCAAGGCCACAGAGGAGAGGGAAGAAGAGAGCAUGCCGAUCGGAGCGUCCCUGACCACGAGCUCGACGUACUACAGCACGUCUGCCCCAAAGGCUGAGCUGCUGAAUAAGCUGAAGGACAUGCAGCAGCAGAUGGAGGAAGAGGAGGAUUCUGAAGAUGAGCUGAGUGCUGACCUGACAGAAAAGAAGCAAGAACUGAUCGACAGUAUAAGCAAGAAGCUGCAAGUGCUGCGAGAGGCCCGGGAGAGUCUGCAGGACGACAUCCAGGCCAACAACCUCCUGGGUGAUGAGGUGGAGUCUGUGGUGAAGCAAGUGUGCAAGCCCAACGAGUUCGACAAGUUCAGAAUGUUCAUCGGAGAUCUGGACAAGGUGGUCAACCUGCUGUUGUCUCUUUCUGGUCGGCUGGCCAGGGUGGAGAAUGCUCUCAACACCCUGGAGGAGGAUGCCUCUCCAGAUGAAAGGCGGACCCUCACUCAAAAGCAGAAGCUCCUCACGAGGCAGCACGAAGAUGCAAAGGAGCUGAAGGAAAACCUGGACAGGCGGGAGCGGCUGGUCUUCGACAUCCUGUCCAGUUACCUGACGGAUGAGCUCCUCCAGGACUAUGACCAUUUUGUCAAAAUGAAGUCGGCCCUUACCAUUGAGCAGAGGGAGCUGGAGGACAAGAUCAAGCUGGGCGAGGAGCAGCUGAAGUGCCUGCUGGAGAGCCUACCCUUUGACUGCAGAUCAAAGUAGAAUCUAAAGGGUUAUCUCUAACUGGACAUUGAGGCGCUACCUUUGCGUGUAUAUGUUCCCCUUUUGCUGCCGGUGUGCGUGGUAUAGCUGGAUCUGUCCACUAGGGGGAGCUGAGCAUGGGAGUAAUUGCCCAGAUGACUAAAAGCUGCGUUUUGGAGAGCUUCAAUAUUCUCCACAACAUCCCAUUGUUGUACUUGUAAUAUUGAUAAGCUUCUGCAUGUUUAGCUGCAAAUACUUAACAUUUCUGUUUCCACCUUUCCCCACAAGAUUUGCUCAAAUUUUGACCUAAAAAGAAUGCAAAGAACAUCUUCAUUACAGCAGUCAACCAAGAACCUGGUACUUUGUCCCCCUGUAUUCUAAGUACAGGAUACUUCCAUGACACAAAUAUUAUACAUUCAUAAAAUGAUGUGAUGACUGAAUUUUGUUUUUUUAAAAUGUGCAUUAAAUUAAUUUAUUGUAGCAUAAUUAAAUAAAUAGGUGGUUACAGAAUCCAGUGAUGUUAUUUUAGGUUGUAGUCAUCGGAACAAAUCAAUUUUAUUUUGUUUUUCUUGGUUUAUAAAUUCUUAUGCCCGAAUAGGGCAGAUAAAAUGGGUCGGGCUAUUGAUUUUUAUGUGUUUGUCUGUACUGGUUCCUCUAGGAAAACAUUGGCUUUUAACACCUAAGGAAAAAGCUCAACUCUUGAAUGAACUGGAUAUGUGUUGGAUCUCAAAGUGGUUCAGCUUUCAUUUCUAUAAUGUGUGUUUGGUCUUUUAAAGAACAAAAACUAAUCAACUAUGUUAUCAGGCGAAUACUGAUGAAGAUUUGCUUACACCCAGGCAUUAAAGAGAAGGUUUUGCUUUCAGUCACUCAAACUAUACUGCCAGGACUUCUGUAAAGUCCUCUAGGUAUUCUGAAUGGAUUGACACUGUGUGUUUUUAAUAUAUAUUAAAAACAAAAUAAUUGAUGGCUGUUGUUGGACUAUUAAAGUUCUGAAUUUUGUUGUCUCUACCUAA